AUGCUUCUGGACAACUCCCAAUCGAUGUCGAUGCUGAAAACUGUCCUCCAGGUUAUGGACCAUCCAUCGCAUAUUGGGUCAGCAAAAUUCGUGGAAGGCCGGCUCAUCACAAGAGGCAUCCUUGUGACAUCCAUCGCUCAGGAAGUUCUGGCGUUCCUGGAUCGUGAGCUCGCGAGAGGCGAUCCGCUCCGACACAACGACCUAGAGAUCGGUCUGGAGCACCUAGAUCUUAUCGAUGUUAAGGCCGAGAACGAUGGGUCACGGGUCGUGCUCGUACCUAUGCUCGCGUUGUCGCUAACUGGUAUUUAG